CUAUCAAAAUGCUCCAUUACUUUUUGCAAAAAGAGACUACCUGGUACUGUGGAAAUCAGGUGAAGAAAGAAGCAUUUAAGGUACGGUACUCGUACCCGUACCUCCUCCAUGGCAGGGGUCUAAAUUUAUGACCCCUGCUCCAUGGAGGGUAUUAUGCUCUCAAAAUCACUUCAUUGAUAUUACCGUACGGUACGUACGUACAUACAUAGGCACCAGAUGAGAAUAUCUGCUAUUCUUCAAUGUAAUAGUGCGAGUCUACGGAUAGCUACGUAAUAGUACGUACGAACUUCUGACAUUCGCAAACUACUUGUACGGGUAGCAUACCGGUACCACGGAACCAGACGAGUCCCUACGUUACGUACGGUACGACACCAUGUUGGAGUAGUCCUUGCGAGGUAACGGUACCGGUAAUGAACGGAGUUUUGAAUUUUUCAGCCACAAUUUGGCGAUUUCAGUCGUUCCAAGAAUCAUCGCCGUGCGUCGCGUGUUUCGAGAAGUUGCAUCGUCUGUCGUCGCCAGAUAAUAUGCGGCUCUGCGCUCACCACAUGGGUGCACAAAUGAAACCUGGAGUACGACGUGCAAUACGACACGUUGCUGAUGGUUGCCUCGCGAAAGCGCAUGGAAGAAAACAAAGCUGAGAGAAAGAAACCGGGGAAGAUUUUUCGACUAGAUUUUCUGUAAUUUCCCUUCUUCUGUUUCCGGCUUCCACGAAAACGUACUGUAACUACCUUUCGACGACGGAGGGCCACACAACAAUCGCAAUUUCCCCGCCAGCAAGAAACGAUUUUUUUGGGUUCUUUUGUGAUUCACCUGUCACUUCCAUUCUUUUAAGCUAAAGUAAUCGAAAAUGAAAUUCACUGUCGCUGCCACCGCCCUUUUCUUGGCUUCUGCCUCUGCCUUUGCCCCUCGCACUGGUGUCGUGAACAAGGUUGCGGCUCCUUCGUCGUCGGCCAUCAAUGGGUAAGUUUCGACGAAGAUGCUACAGACUGUCAAUGUGGUGCAGUACAACGAAGCACAAAACGAAGUUGAACACAAGUCCCAGAUGAAAACUACGAAUAACCAAAUCUAUGCAAAACGAUGAGGAUAGAACAGCUCCCUCUACUGACUUUCUUUGAGGAAUAGCCCGCGAUCCGGAAUCUUAUAUUGCACUUCUGAGUUAUGCAAAAAAUACAAUUUGUCGUUUGAAGAUUCUUCAUCUGAGAUCUCCGACGCCUGGUCGAAAAUUGCCUGGUGCUGAAAAGUUCUUGCUCACUCUAUUGAUUUUUCCUCUAUCUUUCUUGUACAGAUUCACUUCCGAUAUCUUCGAAGUCACUGAGGUUGACUUCGCUGAUACCAAGGAGACUAUUGUGAAGGGAGGACGUGAUCUCUUCCCCCUCCUUCCUAAGGCGUUCGAGGGAAUCAAGCAGGUUGGUGUCAUUGGCUGGGGAUCCCAAGCACCUGCCCAGGCACAGAACAUGAUGGAUUCUUUGAAAGAAGCCGGAGCCGAUACCAAGGUUGUCAUCGGUCUUCGUGAGGGAUCCUCUUCUUUCCAAGAAGCCAAGGAUGUUGGUUUCAGUGAGGAAGAAGGCACCCUCGGGGAAAUGUACGAUGUCAUCAAGAACUCCGACUUGGUUAUGUUGUUGAUUUCUGAUGCCGCCCAAGCCAAAUUGUACAAGGAAAUCUUCGCCGCCAUGAAGCCUGGUGCUACUUUGGGACUCAGUCACGGAUUCCUUUUGGGAUACCUCGACUCUAUUGGAGAGAAAUUCCCCGAGGAUAUGGAUGUCAUCGCUGUAUGCCCCAAGGGAAUGGGACCUUCUGUCCGUCGUCUUUACGAACAGGGUAAGGAAGUCAACGGAGCCGGAAUCAACUCCUCUUUCGCUGUCCACCAAAAUGUCAGCGGAAAGGCCACCGAAUUGGCUCUUGGAUGGGGUGUUGCCGUUGGUUCCCCUUUCAUGUUCGAAACUUCUCUUCGAUCCGAAUACUGCUCCGAUAUCUACGGAGAGCGUGGAAUUCUCCUCGGAGCUGUUCACGGAAUUGUCGAAUCUCUUUACCGACGAUACCAACGACAGGGUAUGACCGCUGAAGAUGCCUUCUUGAACUCCUCUGAAUCCAUCACCGGAAACAUCACGAAGAUUAUCUCCACCCAGGGAAUCAAGGCCGUAUACGACGGACUCAGCGAUGAAGACAAGAAAAUCUUCCAGACCGCCUACUCCGCCUCGUACAAGCCUGCGAAGGAAAUCCUCCAAGAAAUUUACGACGAGGUCAGCUCCGGAAACGAAAUCCGAACCGUUAUCAUGCACGGAGACCGUCUCGACAGAUACCCUGUCGGAAAGAUCGAUGGAACCAACACCUGGACUGUUGGUGAAAAGGUCCGUGCCGACCGUGACGAUGAAAACAUCCCUCUCAACCCCUUCACCGCUGGUGUCUACGUCGCCACCAUGAUGGCCCAGAUCGAUGUUCUCCUUGAAGAAGGCCACCCUUACUCCGAGGUUGUCAACGAGUCCGUCAUCGAAGCCGUCGACUCUUUGUGCCCUUACAUGCACUACAGAGGAGUUGCCUUCAUGGUCGAUAACUGCUCCUUCACUGCUAAGACCGGAUCCCGUAAGUGGGCUCCUCGAUUCGACUACAUCUUGGAUCAGCUUGCAUACACUGCCGUCGACAAUGGUGUCGCCGUCAACGAAGAGCUUAUCAGUGACUUCGAAAACCACAGAGUUCACCAAGCUGUUGAAGAAUGCUGUAAACUCCGACCACCUGUUGACAUCAGUCUUUUUGCCGAGACAUCCACCAAGGAGAUUGUCAUCCAAUAGGCAGAAUGAAAUUUUUCAGAAAAUAUAUAGUAUACCAUUAU